AUGCCUCUGCCCAGCCACCUGCUGCCCGCCUUGGUCCUGUUCCUGGCAGCAGGGUCCUCAGGCUGGGCCUGGGUCCCCAACCACUGCAGGAGCCCCGGCCAGGCUGUGUGCAACUUCCUGUGUGACUGCAGGGACUGCUCAGAUGAGGCCCAGUGUGGUUACCAUGGGGCCUGGCCCACCCUGGGCACCCCCUUCACCUGCGACUUCGAGCAGGACCCCUGCGGCUGGCGGGACAUUAGCACCUCAGGCUACAGCUGGCUCCGAGACAGGGCGGGGGCCGCACUGGAGGGUCCUGGGCCUCACUCAGACCACACACUGGGCACCGACUUGGGCUGGUACAUGGCCGUUGGAACCCACCGAGGGAAAGAGGCAUCCACCGCAGCCCUGCGCUCACCAACCCUGCGAGAGGCAGCCUCCUCCUGCAAGCUGAGGCUCUGGUACCACGCGGCCUCUGGAGAUGUGGCUGAGCUGCGGCUGGAGCUGACCCAUGGCGCAGAGACCCUGACCCUGUGGCAGAGCACAGGGCCCUGGGGCCCUGGCUGGCAGGAGUUGGCAGUGACCACAGGCCGCAUCCGGGGUGACUUCCGAGUGACCUUCUCUGCCACCCGAAAUGCCACCCACAGGGGCGCUGUGGCUCUAGAUGACCUAGAGUUCUGGGACUGUGGUCUGCCCACCCCCCAGGCCAGCUGUCCCCUGGGACACCACCACUGCCAGAACAAGGUCUGCGUGGAGCCCCAGCAGCUGUGCGACGCGGAAGACAACUGCGGGGACCAGUCUGAUGAGAACCCACUCACCUGUGGCCACCACAUAGCCACCGACUUUGAGACAGGCCUGGGCCCAUGGAACCGCUUGGAAGGCUGGUCCCAGAACCACAGCGCUGGUGGUCCUGAGCGCCCCUCCUGGCCACGCCGUGACCACAGCCGGAACAGUGCACAGGGCUCCUUCCUGGUCUCCGUGGCCGAGCCUGGCACCCCUGCUAUACUCUCCAGCCCCAAAUUCCAAGCCUCAGGCACCUCCAACUGCUCGCUGGUCUUCUAUCACUACCUGCAUGGAUCUGAGGCUGGCUGCCUCCAGCUGUUCCUGCAGACUCUGGGGCCCAGCGCCCCCCAGGCCCCCGUCCUGCUGCGGAGGCGCCGAGGGGAGCUGGGGACUGCCUGGGUCCGAGACCGUGUUGACAUCCAGAGCGCCCACCCCUUCCAGAUCCUCCUGACCGGGCAGACAGGCCCGGGGGGUGUCGUGGGUCUGGACGACCUCAUCCUGUCGGACCACUGCAGACCGGUCUCCGAGGUGUCCACCCUGCAGCCGCUGCCUCCUGGGCCCUGGGCCCCAGCCCCCCAGCCCCUGCCGCCCAGCUCGCGGCUCCAGGAUUCCUGCGAGCGGGGGCAUCUCGCCUGCGGGGACCUGUGUGUGCCCCCGGAACAACUGUGUGACUUCGAGGAGCAGUGCGCAGCGGGCGAGGACGAGCAGGCCUGCGGCACCACAGACUUUGAGUCCCCUGAGGCCGGGGGCUGGGAGGACGCCAGCGUGGGGCGGCUGCAGUGGCGGCGUCUCUCAGCCCAGGAGGGCCAGGGGUCCAGUGCAGCUGCUGCUGGGCACUUCCUGUCUCUGCAGAGGGCCUGGGGGCAGCUGAGCGCUGAGGCCCGGGUCCUUACCCCCCUCCUUGGCCCUUCUGGCCCCAACUGUGAACUCCACCUGGCUUAUUAUUUACAGAGUCAGCCCCGAGAGAUCUCCUGUAACUUUGAGCGGGACACAUGCAGCUGGUACCCAGGCCACCUCUCAGACACACACUGGCGCUGGGUGGAGAGCCACGGCCCUGACCAUGACCACACCACAGGCCAAGGCCACUUCGUGCUCCUGGACCCCACAGACCCCCUGGCCUGGGGCCACAGCGCCCACCUGUUCUCCAGGCCCCAGGUGCCAGCAGCGCCCACAGAGUGUCUCAGCUUCUGGUACCACCUCCAUGGGCCCCAGAUUGGGACUCUGCGCCUAGCCAUGAGACGGGAAGGGGAGGAGAUACACCUGUGGUCGCGGUCGGGCACCCAGGGCAACCGCUGGCACGAGGCCUGGGCCACCCUUUCUCACCAGCCUGGCUCCCGUGCCCAGUACCAGCUGCUGUUCGAGGGCCUCCGGGACGGAUACCACGGCACCAUGGCGCUGGACGAUGUGGCCGUGCGGCCGGGCCCCUGCUGGGCCCCUAAUGACUGCUCCUUUGAGGACUCGGACUGCGGCUUCUCCCCUGGAGGCCAGGGUCUCUGGAGGCGGCAGGCCAAUGCCUCGGGCCAUGCUGCCUGGGGCCCCCCAACAGACCAUACCACUGAGACAGCCCGAGGGCACUACAUGCUGGUGGACACAAGCCCAGAUGCACUGCCCCGGGGCCAGACGGCCUCCCUGACCUCCAAGGAGCACAGGCCCCUGGCCCAGCCUGCUUGUCUGACCUUCUGGUACCACGGGAGCCUCCACAGCCCAGGCACCCUGCGGGUCUACCUGGAGGAGAGCGGGAGGCACCAGGUGCUCAGCCUCAGUGCCCACGGCGGGCUUGCCUGGCGUCUGGGCAGCGUGGACGUGCAGGCCAAGCAAGCCUGGAGGGUGGUGUUUGAGGCAGUGGCUGCAGACGUGGCACACUCCUACGUGGCUCUGGAUGAUCUGCUCCUCCAGGACGGGCCCUGCCCUCAGCCAGGUUCUUGUGAUUUUGAGUCUGGCCUGUGUGGCUGGAGCCACCUGGCCUGGCCCGGCCUGGGCAGAUACAGCUGGGACUGGGGUGGGGGAGCCACCCCCUCUCGUUACCCCCAGCCCCGUGUGGACCACACCCUGGGCACAGAGGCAGGCCACUUUGUCUUCUUUGAAACUGGCGUGCUGGGCCCCGGGGGCCGGGCCGCCUGGCUGCGCAGCGAGCUUCUGCCAGCCACCCCAGCCUCCUGCCUCCGCUUCUGGUACCACAUGGACUUUCCUGAGCACUUCUACAAGGGGGAGCUGAAGGUGCUGCUGCACAGUGCCCAGGGCCAGCUGGCUGUGUGGGGCACAGGCGGGCAUCGGCGGCACCAGUGGCUGGAGGCCCAGGUGGAGGUAGCCAGCACCAAGGAGUUCCAGAUCGUGUUUGAAGCCACUCUGGGCGGCCAGCCAGCGCUGGGGCCCAUUGCCCUGGAUGACGUGGAGUAUCUGGCCGGGCAGCAUUGCCAGCAGCCUGCCCCCAGCCCGGGGGACACAGCCGCACCCGUGUCUGUGCCAGCUGCGGUUGGCAGUACCCUCCUAUUGCUCAUGCUCCUGGUGCUGCUGGGACUUGGGGGACGGCGCUGGCUACAGAAGAGGGGGAGCUGCCCCUUCCAGAGCAACACAGAAGCCACCGCCCCCAGCUUUGACAACAUCCUUUUCAAUGCGGAUGGUGUCACCCUCCCGGCCUCUGUCACCAGCGAUCCAUAGACCACGCCAGACAAGGCCCCGCUUCCUCACGUGACAUCCAGCACUUGUUCAGACCCUAGCCAGGGACUGGGACAACUGCCCUGCCCAGGCUGGGACAUGCUGAGGCCUGGGCGUUCCCUGCCCUGUGCUGACUCUGUUGCUCUGUGAAUAAACACCUUGGCCCAUGAGGGCAGCCCAA